AUGAAGUUCUUUUCAACAUUCGGAAUACUCACAUCAUGUGUCGCUGCUGUGUCAGCGCAUUCGUCAAUGGUUUUUCCAGCUCCACGAGGACAUCCACAGAAUCCUAAUGCUGCCGUAAAAGAUUACAACUGUAUAACUGCACCAUUAAACCCAGGAGCGGUCUGUAGCGGGAAGACCUUCCCAUGUGGUGGUUAUCCAAUGGACACCCAAAUCACCCAAGUUUUCCAUGCUGGUGAUAUCGUCAGUGUGAAAUUCUGGAAUUCGCAGUUUCCUAAUGGUCCACAACCAGGUGAUGCAGGUGCUAACCAAGCAAGACAUAAUGGUGGUCUUUGUGAAUUCGCUUUAUCUUAUGACGGUGGUGUAACUUACACCGUUAUUGGUACGUAUCAUGAGACUUGCCCAGAUAUCUUCUUUGAUUGGAAAGUAAAAAUUCCAGAAAAUGCUCCAUCAUGCGAUAAUCCCGGAAAAUGUAUCUUCUCUUGGUCAUGGAUAAAUGCCGUCGGAAAUCGUGAAUUUUAUCAAAAUUGUGCUGAUAUUAAACUUGUUGGCAAUUCAACAAAACCAUUACCAAUCAUUGAUAUUACGCGAGCAAACUUACCACCACAAUUCCCUCAAAUUAUGACUCCACCGGGCGAUCCAGAUAAUUCUGGCAAUGCCGAAGGAUCCGGUCCUUCCGCUUCAGAUGUUUCUGCUAAUCUGGGUCAAAAUAUUGGUGGAUCUGGUGGUUCUGCUAAAGAAAUUAUGUCGACAGAAGACGACGCCUUCUUGACACCCAUGGACAUUCCUUCGUCUCAUCAAAGCAAUACCAAUAAUACAUUACAUCAUCGGCGAAGAGGUACAGGGAGAAGUAGCGUUAUCGCUUCAAGUUUGUCGAAUUUCGGAAAUGCAAUACAAUCUUGGACAGGGAAUUACGGUCAUACCGUCAGCACAUAUAUUUCGGAUAAUAUAUCCGUUCCUGCUUCAUUUGUCGGGGAAUCAGUAUUUACUAACGAUGACCUUGAGAGUCAUGACGGUGGAGAACAAAAUCAACACCCACCUUUCACUGCACGUUCACCUCCAAUCAGCAUUCCACGCGGUUUCUAUGGUUCAUUCUUAUCCCCGAUAAGCGGAAGUCCUCAAAAUUCAGAAUAUGGAACUCCUAUGGGUGCUUCGAUCCCUGCGUCUAUUUAUUUUAAUGAUCGACGCCCUAGGCGGCAUUCAAGAGCACCUUCAUAUACUUCUGGACACAAAUUCAUCGAUGAGACAUUGCCACUCACUCGAACUCUGACAAAGAGUUCUCUAGCGUCUGUGCCAAUAUCGGUGGUACAAGAUAUGCACGGAAUUCCCGUUCAUAUUGGAUCAACAUUCCGUCAAUCUAUAUUUAAUUCUUGUAAUAUUUUGAUCGGCAUUGGGAUUCUCGCUUUACCUUUGGGUUUCCGGUUUGCCGGUUGGGGCAUCGGAUUAUCACUUUUCGUGUUUUGUCUCUGUGUUACUAAUUAUACAGCAAAGUUGCUAGUAAAAUGUUUGGACUAUGAUGAAGGACUCCAUACUUAUGCAGAUAUGGGUGCUAUCGCGUACGGAGAAGGCGCUCGACUUCUGAUCUCAUUUUUAUUUUCUCUCGAGCUUAUCGCUUCUGCAACAGCGUUAGUAAUAUUAGUCGGUGACUCAUUGCAUACCAUAUUCCCGAAUGUAUCAUUGAUAGUAUUAAAGAUUCUCGCAUGGAUGGUGAUGACACCGUUAACCUUGAUGGCCAUUCGUUAUCUUUCCUAUUUUUCUCUUCUCGGAAUAUUUUCAGCUGUCGCUUUAGCAUCAGUCUUGAUUUAUGACGGACUCACCAAAUUUGAAAGACCCGGCAGCUUGAUCGAUCCAAUGGAUACCCAGUUCCUACCAGAAUCAUGGGCGACACUUCCAAUGAGCUUCGGACUAGUUAUGGCUGGGUUCACUGGACAUGCUGUAUUUCCUUCUGUUUAUCGUGAUAUGGAAAAUCCUAAAGAGUUUCCAAGAAUGGUGAAUCUGACAUAUGCAAUGACAGCCACAGUGUAUUUUGCUAUGGCAGUUGGUGGAUAUUUGAUGUUUGGUAAUACUACUAUGCAAGAGAUAACACAAAACAUCAUGUCAACACCCGGAUAUAAUCGAAUUCUCAAUCAAAUGGUGAUCUGGCUAGUAGCCUUCAACCCAAUAGCAAAAUACGCACUAACCUUAAACCCAAUAAAUCUCACUCUCGAAAUUUAUUACAAUUCAAUUCCCUGGGUCGAAGACUGGUUAUAUCGAGGCCGAGGCCGUCGUACAGCUUUAAUGUUCUUUACGCGAAUUCUCAUCUCAACUAUUGUCGUCAUCAUCGCGAUCUUGUUCCCGGGAUUUGAUCGUGUGAUGGGUAUCCUCGGCUCAUUUUUCUCUUAUACCAUUUCGGCGAUAUUCCCGUGUUUGUGUCACUUGCGAUUGUAUGGUCGUGAGCUUUCACGGAGAGAAAAAUUUUUGAAUUGGGCGAUCAUUGUGGUGUGUUCUUGUUUGGCCACUUUUGGUACUAUCUGGGCAUUCUUACCAAGUAAUUACGUUGGAUUAUGA